CGGGCAGCCAUGGAGGGGCAGCGGCCGUGCGCCUUCCCGCUGCGGGUGCGAGGGGACUGGGGCCCCGCCGAGCCGCCGCCCGCGCUCAGGAAGAAGCUGCUCUGCUACUUCCAGAGCCAGAAGCGCUCGGGCGGCGGCGAGUGCGAGCUGCGGGUCGGGACCGACACCGGGACCGGACACAUCCUCGUCUGCUUCGCCUGCCCCGAGGUGAGGGAGCGAGUGCUGCGCCGGCCGCUCCACGAGCUCGUGUUGGGGUCCGGAGAGCGGCUGUCGCUGCAGGUCACCGCGCUGGCCGCGGGCGGUGACCCCGCGCAGGAGACGGGACCGGCCGGCGGGACCGAGGCGCCAGUUAAUGAAUCCCAGGUGUCUCUUCCCAUCCUCCAGAAUAAGAAAACUCCUGUGUUUACUCAGCGGGAGAAGACAGAAUCAUGUGAGAAACUGGACGCAGAGAAGGCAACCUCUAGGAAUUCUGCUAUAGUAGUAACUACUGCCUUUGGGGAGGAAAUAGAAGAUGAGAUUUUGGAAAUGUACUUUGAAAAUAAAAGGAAGUCUGGUGGGGGGGUCAUCGAGUCCUUUGCCAAAAAAGAUCAGCAAGUGAUCAUCACCUUUCAGGAUGAGCAAGAUGCUCAAGAAGUUUUGCAAAGAAAGCAUCACUUGGGUAAAAUUGAUCUGGUUGUGAAGCCGUGGCAAGUGGAGACUUCCCAGGAGUCAUGCCAAGUGGAGAACUCUGAAGGCUCCCUGCUUCCCACCGCAGUUGUGCUGGAAAAUGUGAAGGAGACAACAACAGAUUGCAUGUUAAUUUUGCUGGUAGAGAAUGUGAGCGGAUUGUCAGAGGAUGACGGUGACUUCAGUGUGGAAAUGAUACCUGAGUUAUGUGCUGCUGUAGUUACUUUUACUAGAAUUAUUGAUGCAGAGGAAUUUGCUGAAAAGAUUAAUCAAAACCACAGAGCAAGGAAACAAAACAUUACUGCACGGUGCCUUGAGCAAACAAAAUGUGUUCGGGCUGAAAAUAUACCAUCCAACACCCCCAGUGACUAUAUAACCGUCUACUUUGAAAAUGAGAAAUACGGAGGUGCGCGAAGGGUGGAUGUUCAACAGCUGCCUGAUGAAGAAGCAGCUAUCAUUACAUUUGGUAACCAAAAAGAUGUAGCAAAUAUCCUGGCAAAGAAGCAUUCACUCAACAAAACACCAAUCUUUGUCUAUCCUUACUACACCUCACUGGAAACGGCUCUAUAUGGAAAGGAAGGGCCACAGAUAAAGAAGCCAGAUCCAAUUACAUUGCCUCUGGAUCCCUAUAUCUGGAAUUAUUUGCAAGGAAAUAGUAGCUUAAUUGAGGCAAUAGAUCAUGAAAUGGCAAAGUGUAAUUGUGUGCCAAUGUGGCCUGAUGCUCUCUGUGCAGAUCCAAAAAUUACUUUGCAUCCUUCAGCUAUUUUUUCAGAGCGAAAGAGAUCAGUAUCUCAAUUGGCCAAGGCAUGGAAAGAAAAAGUUUCCACAGCAUUUUCACACAGCAUAUCAAAAUACAAAGCACUUCCUUGUCGAGUAAGCACAGAGGUGUGGGAAGCCAUUAGCAACAACUUUCCCCAUGAUGAUGUUCUGAUGAUUCCACGUGCUUCCAAGGAUUUACAUGUUCUAGUAGGGGAAAAAGAAGUUGUGAAGGAGGCUGAACAGGAGCUGAAGCUUCUGAUUGAAAAGGCCACCAGAGAAAUUGAAAGAAAAAAACAAAGAACUGAACUGAAAGUCAAGACAGUGAGUCCAGGGGAAUAUGGAAUUUUACAGGUAACUGGUCUUGAAGAAAAAUUUCGUACAGAGUUCCCGGACUUGAAAAUAACGUAUGAUUAUUUUCAGAAGAGCAUUAACCUAUCUGGACUGCCUGAGGAAGUUUAUAAAGUAAAAGGAGAAAUUCUUGAUUAUGUACACAAAAUGGCAAAGAAAACAAUUAAUAUCCACCCUUACAUUUUUCAGUUUCUAGAGCAUAUUGAUAAUGAAACUCUGUCACAGAGCCUGUUUAUAUCAAAACAAAUUUGUGCCUUUUAUGAGCUUGGUGUAGGAGAGAUCAUCCUGAAAGGGAGUGCUCCUGAAGAUCUUCUAAAAGCAGAGGAAGAAAUAAAGAAAGAACUGGACCAGAAAAGUAUUACUUUGGAGGAUGAGUCAGUCCUCCUGAAGGAGGAAUGGCAGAUGCUAGCCAAGGAAAACUGCUGUAAUGGAGCUGUAGCAGUCACUCAGGCAGAGACUCAGAUCAUGAUUGCUGGUUUUUCUGAAGCAGUAGCAAAAGCCUUUGAGGAACUUUCCAACUUUAUAGAUGAAAACACGCAGGUGCAAAGGGUCAUUGAAGGAAAACCAAUGGCAGUCAUAAAGUUUUUUGAGAAAGAGAAGGUCGAUGACUGGGCUGCCUUAGAAAAAAAAUGUGUGAAAGUUGACUUUAGCACACAGAAAAACUGUCGAGUUAUAUCCUUGAGUGGGCCGAAGACAAAAGUGCUGGAGGGAGUCAGCUUAGUUGAGGGAAUUCUGUCUGGCCUGCAUUUUAAGCGUAUGGUAAUUGACUUGCCAGGAGCCAAGGCAUAUAUAAAAGAGCAAGCACACCUUUUGGCCCCCCAUGUAAAACAUGUGUUCAAGUGUUUAGUCCUACUGGAAGAGCAGCCAGAAGAACAGCUGGAAGAACAGAAAGAACGUAGUAGCAGAGGCAAGCUCUAUAUGCAGGUGACCAUGGGUGAAACUGUAAUAGCGCUUUAUAAAGCUGACUUGUGCACUCACCCUGUUGAUGUUGUGGUGAAUGCAUCUAAUGAAGACCUAAAACACAUUGGUGGCCUUGCUGACGCCCUGUCAAGAGCAGCUGGCCCAGCACUGCAAGAGGAGUGCGAUGAGCUGGUGAGGAAGCUUGGGAAUUUGCACCCUGGUGACGCAGUGAUCACACGCGCUGGGAAACUGCCCUGCAAGAACAUCAUCCACGCUGUUGGGCCCAGGUGGAGCAAGGAGAAAUCAGAAAUGUGCAUGAACUUGUUGAGGAAGACAGUGAAAAAUUGUUUAAAAGUAGCUGAAACACACAAGCAUCGUUCCAUUGCUCUGCCUGCUAUAAGUGGAGGGAUUUUUGGCUUCCCACUGAAACUGUGUACUUAUUUGAUUGUGUCUUCCAUCAAGGAGACCUUGGAACAAUCCAAGGGGAACAGCAGCUUGAAGGAGGUUCAUCUUGUGGGUUUUGCACAGGAUAACAUUGAGGCUUUCAGCAAGGCAUUUAGAGAAGUGUUUUCAGAUUCUCCACCUUCCUACACGUCACUGCAUCAUAUCAGUACAGUUCCUCAGCCUAGGCAGAGGAAAACUUUUGAGCAUAUUAAGAACUUCCCUUUCAUAACAACUCAGGAAGGCCUUAACAUCGUGCUGCAAACAGGAAGCAUUGAAGAUGCUACAACAUCCAUUGUUGUUGUCAGUGUUGGCAAAGAUCUCCAGCUUGACAAAGGGCCUCUUGGUAAAGCUUUGCUAAGCAAGGCAGGGCCAAUGCUUCAGACAGAAUUGAAAAAAGAAGGUGGAGGAAGAACACCUGAGGAAGGAUCUGUGUUGAAAACGAAAGGUUACAAUCUGGCUUGCAGUGUUGUGCUUCAUGCUGUGGUACCUAUGUGGUCCCAGAAAAACACUCCUUCAAAGGUCUUGGGUGACAUAAUCACAAAAUGCCUGGAGAUUGCUGAAGAACUGUCUUUGAAAUCAAUCACUUUUCCAGCAAUUGGAACAGGGAAUUUAGAAUUUCCAAGAUCUGUUGUUGCUAAAUUGUUGUUUGACAAAGUGUUUGAAUUCAGUGGUAAAAACAGAGUCAAUUCUCUUGAAGAAGUUUACUUUCUGUUGCACACAAAAGACACAGCUAAUAUUCAGGAAUUUUCAGAUGAACUUGAAAACAGGUCUGUAGCUGUUAAAGUGCAGAAGCCUUCUCCAAAUGACACUAGCCAAAGCACAGCUUUUUCUGCUAUUUCUUCAACCUCAGCACACAAUGCGCCUGAAAUGACAAUUGGCUCCAUUGUGUUCCGGGUGGCAGAAGGUGAUAUUACCAAGGAGGAGGGAGAUGCCAUUGUAAACAUAACAAACCAAGCCUUCAACCUCAAAACAGGUGUCUCCAGAGCAAUUCUGAGUGGUGCUGGAAAAGCAGUUGAAAAUGAAUGUGGUAUACUAGCCCAGCAAACUGGCAACAACUAUAUCAUCACCCAUUCAGGAAAUCUGCCGUGCAAAAAAAUAAUUCAUUUUGUUUACCGAGAUGAUAUCAGGUCCCUGGUUUCCCAGGUGCUCCAGGAGUGUGAACUGCGGCAGUAUACCUCUGUCACCUUCCCAGCAAUUGGAACAGGAGAGGCACGCCGCAAUCCAGCUGAGGUAGCUGACAACAUCAUAGAUGCAGUAAUUGACUUUGCAAAAAGGAAUACGGCAUCAUCUGUGAAAAUUAUUAAAGUUGUCAUCUUUCAGCCACAUCUGAUGAGUGUGUUCCAAGCAAGCAUGCAGAAAAGAGAAAAGUCUACUGCAACACGAAUCAAAUCGUUGGUUUCCAAGGCAUAUCACAUGGGUAAAUCACUUUGGAGCUCUGAGAAACAUUCCCCAAAGGAAAAAACCAAAGUGGUUUUGGAAAAGAAAAUUGAUCAGGCCGUUGUGCAGAUUUGUGGUGAAAAUGAAAAAGAAGUGGAAGAAGCUGAAAAGUGGCUGAGAAGUGCAAUUUCAAGAGAACAAUCUCAAACAGAAAUUGUAGAUGAAUCUAUCUCUCAUUUUGGUGAAGAAGAGAGUGAAGAAUUAGAUGACCUACAAAAGAAAUUAAAAAUUCUUCUUGAUUUGAAGAGUACCUCUAUUGAAAUUUCAGGGGUUACAAAAGAUGUCUGCCUGGCUUCUUUAGCUGUUCAUAAAAUGAUCCUCAGGGUAAAAGCUGCUAAAGAGGUCCAGGCAAAACUUUUACAAGAUGCAGUUGAAUGGAAAUAUUUUGAAAAAGAUUCUUAUGUGCCCUUCAACAGUCUCACAAAUGUGGAGUUGGAAAAUGCUUACAAGGGAAAGCAGAAAACUACUGAAGUCACCAUUGGUGAGCAAAUAUACACAGUGGAUAUGGAACGUAAGACUGCUGUGGAUGCCCAGGGAAGACAGAUAUCCAUUAUCCGAAUUGACAAAUCUGAAGAUCAAAAGUCAACAGUGCUCCCUCUGAUGUGGGACCAUAUGGAAAAUGAGCGACUCAAAAUAGUGGAACUAAAACCAGACUCAACAGAGUAUAAAGGUGUGCAAGAAAGGUUUCUGCAGACCUGUCAGUUAUUCAAAAUUGAAAAGAUUGAGAGGGUACAGAACCUAUAUCUCUGGAAAAACUACCAAAUAAAAAAGUGUGAAAUGGAUAAAAAAAAUGGUGGCAGAAAUAAUGAGAGGCUUCUGUUUCAUGGGACGAGUCAGGAGUCAUUAAUCUUUAUUAACAACCAUGGAUUUAACCGGAGCUAUGCUGGAAUGCACGCUGCAAACUUUGGAAAUGGAACAUACUUUGCUGUUAACGCCAGCUAUUCUGCCAGCGACCUUUACUCCAAACCAGAUGUGAAUGGGAGGAAGUACAUGUACUUGGCCCGAGUCCUUGUUGGAGAAUAUUCUCUGGGGAGAAAAGGAUCAAUUACUCCAGCACAAAAAAAUAUGAGCAACUCUGUAGAUCUGUUUGACAGUUCAACUGAUAACGUGCGCCAGCCAUCCAUGUUCAUUAUUUUUAAUGAUAUUCAAGCUUACCCAGAAUACCUUAUCACUUUCACUAAGGGGAGAGAGGAGCGCAAGGGCGCAGGUGUGAAGCAGGGCCUCGGGCGGCGGGGCUAUCGCGAGAGGCGGCAGGCGAGGCACAGCCGGCACACGCUGCCGGGAAAAGCCGCGCCCUGCCGGGGAAUCGAAAGCGAUAGCGGCGGGAAGAGGAGCCGUCGGGCAGCCAUGGAGGGGCAGCGGCCGUGCGCCUUCCCGCUGCGGGUGCGAGGGGACUGGGGCCCCGCCGAGCCGCCGCCCGCGCUCAGGAAGAAGCUGCUCUGCUACUUCCAGAGCCAGAAGCGCUCGGGCGGCGGCGAGUGCGAGCUGCGGGUCGGGACCGACACCGGGACCGGACACAUCCUCGUCUGCUUCGCCUGCCCCGAGGUCAAGCAACGAGUUCUUGAGAAACAGUCUCAUCAGUUGCAUUUGGGAGGAGGAGAAAAAUUGAGGUUGAUUGUCACAGAGCCUGAAGUGGCACUAGCUACUAAAGAGGAGACAUGUGAAGAAAAAUCAGGACUCGCAAAGGCUUUGGAUGCCAUGAGUAGCCUUCAAAUAAAAGAUGAUACACAAGGCUUGAAGAAAGCAGUGAGUGUUGCUUCAAACAGUGAACUCCAGGAGGAGGUUGGCUCUGGAGAAGCCUCACCUUUGGUGGUAUUUGAGAACAUAGAGAAAUGCAGUCCAGACUGCUUAAAGAUGCUGUUAGAGAACAUCAGUGGCCUGACUACAGAUGCUGACUUUACCGUUGAACUGAUACCUGAAAUAAAUGUUGCUGUAGCUACCUUUAUAAAAAGCAUUGAUACUAAGGAAUUUAUCGAAAAAUGUUCACAAAACAAAAGAGUCAGAGAAUUCCAAAUCACUGCCAGGCUUCUUGAGCCAACACAAACCAUCAAGGUUGAAAACCUACCAGACAACAUUUCCAUAGAUUACCUCACGGUGUACUUUGAGAGCGCACGGAACGGAGGGGCGCCCGUGUCAGAUGUCCAGCUCUUCCCCGAGGAGAACUCAGCCAUCAUUACUUUCUGUGACCACAAAGAUCUAACCACGGUCUUGGAAAAGCGACAUUUACUGGAACAGACUCUGAUUUCUGUGCAUCCAUAUUACCACUCCCUGGGAACAGCACUCUAUGGAGAAGAAAGACCAGCUGUCAAGAUGCCAGACCCCAUUGAGGUGCCACUAGACCCAUAUGUAUGGCAGUUUUUACAAAAGCAUGCCGAUCUGACCCAAAACAUAAACCAGGAAAUGGCAGUUUGCCAUUCUGAGCUCAUAUGGCCCCAAGCAGACUGUGCAAACCCAGAAGUUAUGUUGUGCCCAUCCCCAUCUCUCUGCAAGCAGAAAAAGCCAAUGAUCAAGUUACUCAAGACAUGGCAGCAAGAUGCUUCCACUGAGUUCUCACGUAUCAUGGCACGUUACAUAUCUAUAAAAUGUGAAGUCAAUUCAUCAGGUUGGGAAGAUGUGAAAAAAAGACUGUCAGAAGAUGUUGGUCUGAUCAUAACUGAUAUUUCUGAGGAGAUGGUGGUGAUUGCAGGCAGCAGAGCAGCAGUGGACAGUGCAGAGAAAGAAGUGAGGGAAUGCAUGAAGCAAAGUGAACGGGAAAAACAGAGCAUUGAAAUUUCUGUGUCAGUGAUCCCAGGGAAGUAUGCUGUGCUGCACAAUGCUGGGUUAGAAGAGAAUAUUCAGAAGGAAUAUCCAUGCCUGAAGGUCUUUUAUGAUGACAAAAAAAAGACUGUUCAGUUGUGUGGAUUACCUGCAGAAGUGUAUAAAAUCAAAGCUGACUUAUUGGAAAAGGUAUUGAGUAUGCCAUGUACAUCAGUUACCAUUGACCCCCAUGUUUUCCACUAUCUCCAGUCUGUAGAUAAUAAACAUACAUCAGAUGUGUUGUUCAUUAAGGAAAAUAUUAAUACUUUUUAUGAACUUCAGGAUGAUACUGUGUUGCUAUAUGGAGAUGCUCCCAAAGAUCUUCUAGAAGCGGAAAAGCAAAUAAAAACAGGUUUAGAAUACAAGUGCAUCAGUGUGGGGGAUGGUGAAGUCUUUAAAAAGGAUGAGUGGAAGAGUCUUCUUUUCUCCUCUCUGAACACAUAUAGUUCUUCCAAGGAAGUUGUCAUCUCUUGGCAGUCUGUUGGAAAAGAAAAUAAAAUGAUUAUUGCUGGCUUUUCUAAGGCUGUAACAGAGGUCUAUCAGAGACUUAAUGAUUUUAUAGAUAGAAACACACCCAUUGAAAAAGUAAUCCCAGUUAAUUCAGUGGUGAUAGUGCAGUUUGUAGAGAAUGUGAAGUCUAGUGUUUGUGGAGAAUUGAAGAAGAAAGGUGUGACAGUACGUUUUGACACCAAGACACCAUGUAUUUCCCUGAGGGGACCAAGAGAAGAAGUGCCAGAAGCAUUCAUCAUGUUGGAAAAAAUGGUCUCCUCCCUUUACUCAAAAAAUGUGCUAAUUGAUAAACCAGGCGCAAAGGAGGUCUUCACUGAGAGGAAAGAUUUUUGUACUUUAGAAGCAAAGCAGAAAUUCAGCUGUUUCAUUAGGAUGAAGGAAGAAGAAGAAGAACAGAAGGGCAGAAAAACUGGUGAUAAGGUGGAAAGAAAGGUCUACUAUGAAAAAAAACUGCCAGGAGGAAUUGUGGUAGGAGUGUAUAAAGGUGACUUGUGUGACUACCCUGUUGAUGUUGUGGUGAAUGCAUCUAAUGAAAAACUGAAACACAUUGGUGGCCUUGCUGAAGCCCUGUCAAGAGCAGCUGGCCCAGCACUGCAGCAGGAGUGUGAUGAGCUGAUGAGGAAGCUCAAGAAUUUGCAUCCCGGCUGCGCAGUGAUCACAUGUGCCGGGAAACUGCCCUGCAAGAACGUCAUUCAUGCUGUUGGGCCCAGGUGGGAUGUGAAGGAAUCACAAAGGUGCAUGUUGUUGUUAAAAAAGACAGUGAAAAAAUGCCUACAACUAGCUGAAAUAUACAGUCAUUGUUCCAUUGCGCUGCCUGUUAUAAGUGGAGGGAUUUAUGGCUUUCCACCACAGAUGUAUGCAAUUUUUAUUGUGUCCUCCAUCAAGGAGACCUUGGAAGAAUUCAUGGAGGACAGCAACUUGAAGGAGGUCCAUCUUGUUUGUAAUUCAGAAGAAAUAGUUCACACUCUGAGCGAGACAGUAAAAAAAGUAUUUUCAGCUAAUUCAUUCUCCACAAAACAGCCGAUGCUGAAAAAAAAACAGAAGGAGAAUAUAAAAGGGGAUCUGAAGAUGGUUACAACAAAUGAAGGGCUUUGCAUCCGAGUGGAGAAGAAAAAUAUUCAGGAAGCCAUGAUGGAUGUUCUGGUCAACAGUGUUGGCACAGAUCUGCAGUUUGGUGUGGGGCCUCUUUGCAAAGCCUUGCUGGAAAAGGCUGGACCAGCUCUCCAAGAUGAGUUUGACACUGAAAAACAAAAUCAGGUUGCUGGUGCUGGGAGUGUGCUCUGCACCAGUGGAUGUGCUAUGGCCUGCAAGUCCAUCUUUCAUGUCAUACUACCCAAGUGGAAUGGAGGACAGACAGAGAAGGUCCUAGAAGAUGUAAUUGAUUUAUGCUUGAAGAAAACUGAAGAACUUGGACUGAAAUCGAUUGCUUUCCCAGCUAUUGGGACUGGAGGAUUUGGAUUUCCUAAAAUCAUUGUUUCUAAGUUAAUGUUUGAUGUGGUAUUCAGGUUCAGUAGUACUCACACUCGGAAGAAUCUCCAGGAAGUUCACUUUUUCUUGAAUCCACAAGAUACUGAUAACAUUCAGGCUUUUACCACUGAGCUAGAACUUAGGGCAGGUGGAAGUUGCAGUGCUGCAGCAGCACAGCCAAGUUUCAUGAGGCCUGUUUCUGAUGAACUGUUGAGAGUUCAUGAAAUGAAGAUUGGUUCCAUCACACUCCAAGUAAUUAGUGGAGAUAUUACUAAGGAAGAUACAGAGGUUAUUGUAAACAUAUCAAAUUCAUCAUUUGAUGCCAAAACAGGAGUCUGCAAAGCAAUUAUGGAUGCUGCUGGUUCCCAGGUAGCAAAUGAAUGUGCUCAAUAUGCUGGGCAGUAUCAAAAUGGCUUUGUUACUACACAGGGUGGGAACCUAUUGUGCAGUAAAAUCAUCCAUUUGAUUACCAAUAACCAGGUGAAGAGUCAGGUCUCCCAAGUGCUUCAUGAGUGUGAACAAAGGAUGUACAAAUCUGUUGCCUUCCCAGCUAUUGGAACAGGUCAAGCAGGACAGAAUUCAGCCAAGGUAGCUGAUGAAAUGUUGGAUGCUAUAGUGGAAUUUGCAAGACAGCCAUCAGUACAGCAUUUAGAGACAGUUAAGAUUGUGAUCUUCCAGACAAAUAUGCUCCCGGCCUUUUAUGAAAGCAUGAAGAAAAGAGAAGAUUCAGGUUCAUCCACAAGAUCAGAACCACCAACAGAAUCAUGGUUAUCUAUGUUUAAAUCCUUUUUUUGGAACAGAAAGCAAUCUUCUGAGAAGAAAAAGUCCAUGAUUUUGGAGAAGAAAGUUGAUUUAGUCACAUUUCAAAUUUGUGGAGAAAGCCGAGAAAAGGUGGAUGCAACUGAGUCCUGGAUAAAGGAUUUAAUUUUAAAGGAACAGUUUGAAAACAUUAUUUCAGAUGAGGCAAUUGAAAGUUUUGAUGAGAUGCAAAUUGCCAUUUUGAAAGAUCUCCACCUAAGAAAAAAAGUCAAAAUUGAGUUUUUAAAUGAGCUUUCUCCCCCUCAAAUUAAAAUUUCUGGUAUUAGCAGGGAUGUCUAUUCCGUUUCUCUAGAAGUUCAAGACAUGAUCCAACAAAUUAAGUCUACUGAGGAAGAGCAAUCCAAGGCAGAACUUCUUUCUAACCUGGUAGAGUGGAGGUAUCCAGGAAGCAACGGUGGCUUUGUUACUUUUGAUAAACUGACAAAUAUGCAGCUGGAAAAUGCCAAAAUGGCUAAAAAACUAUACCUGGAUGUCAAAAUUAAAAAUAAGAACUACAAGGUGGAUCUGAAUACUCUGAAGGCUACUGAUGACCAAGGAAAAACUGUAAAUCUUCAACGUGUGACAAAGGAUGAAGAUCUGCAGUCAAUAGAGCUCCCUAAGGAGUGGACAGACAUGCAAAAUGAACAGGUCAAAGUGGUGAAGCUCAAGCCAUUGCAUCCUGAAUAUAAAACUGUGGAGAAGAUGUUUCAGACAACAUGUUCCAACUAUAACAUAGAGAAGAUUGAAAGAAUACAAAAUCACAUCCUCUGGCAGACAUACCAACUAAAAAAAAAAUUCAUCUGUGAAAAGAACAAAAAUCAAAAUAAUGAGAAGUUGCUAUUUCAUGGGACAGCUGCAUCCUCACUGAGGUUGAUUAACUACUAUGGAUUUAAUCGUGGGUAUGCUGGAAAGAAUGCUGCAGCCUUUGGAAACGGAACCUACUUUGCUGUUGAAGCACGUUACUCUGCUCGGAAUACUUAUUCCAUUCCAGAUACGAAUGGCAAAAAGUACAUGUACUUGGCUCGGGUCCUAACUGGGGAGUACUGUGCUGGGAAAGAGGGACUAAAGACUCCACCACCAAAGAGCCAAACAGAUCAUACUGACCUGUACGACAGUGUGGUUAAUGAUGAGGCUAAUCCAACAGUUUUUGUCAUAUUUAAUGACAUUCAGGCAUAUCCACAGUACCUUAUUACUUUCAAACAUUAGAAUGACCUUAAUAGUCUAGAAAAUUUUAGUGCCUUCUACAUGUAAGAAUUUAAGGGCAAUUUUUUAUUCUUUUUACAUUUAGGUUUCUUCUUUAUUAAUCUAUCCAUGUGUUGAAAUGUGUCUUCAAAUUAUCAACAGAAGGACUAACAUAAGCAAAUAUUUUGGAGCGUGCUAUUUCAGUACUCAAAUUUCAAGUUCAGUUAUGCAGAGAUGUAGGGAAGAGCUGUGAGAACAGCUCUGACUUCUUCCUAGGCAAGGCAGAGGGGAGUGGUAGGAGAGGAAGCUGCUCUGCCUUACCUGUGGCCAGCAGUAAGAGGUGUGGGGUAGGUCAGAGCACCUCUGCAUGUUCCUGUUUCCAGUAGUCACCAUAAAGCACCUUCUUGUGAGGAUUUAUUUAAAGUUUCAAGAUCAUAAAGAGGGACUUUUAAUUUUUUUUCUUUUCAAUACUAAAGCAUUAACCUUUCUGUAGAAUCGCCAAUUUGUUGAAUCAGUUACAGAGACAUAAAUCAGUUCACAUGCUUAAACCAUUUGAAAAUUUUUAAAGUUCUGUAAGAAAAUUAAAUAAUGGCAUUUUUACAACUU